CAUCAGCUGGCUGCCUUGUGAGACAAGGAUCUUCCCAUCCAGCACGGAAACGUCUCCAACUCCUGCGUUGGGGCGGCUCGUGAAGGACCUCCCAAUUCUAAGAUUCUCCGAGUGGGCAGAGGCUAUCCUGUAGACUGAGAAGAAAUGAGCGCCGGGGCUCCCAGGUCUAGUCAGGGAACCUGCUGCCCUAGAACUGUGGUUGUGGAGGAGGAAAAGAAACAAGAGAAACUUGGCUCUUGGCGGUAGGGGAGCACAGAGCUGUGAAAAGAGGGGGAGGAAGAUGAAGAGAACGGUGAGGAAACUUGGGCUCGAUCCUCCUCCCCUGACGAUUCAGACUGGCUCCCUCUGCCCUUUCCCCUCCAACAACAGUCCCUGGAAGAUGGAAACGCGCGCAGAUUGAGAGUAUGGCCACAGCUCCCGGAGCGAUUCUGAGUAUGCAUGAGGCCCAGAGUUACGGACUGACUGACCCCAGACUGUGCUACCUACUAGAUGGCAUCCUCUUCAUUUAUGGAGUCAUCAUCACAGCCCUGUUCCUGAGAGCAAAGUUCAGCAAGACUGCCAGAGUCUCUAGCUAUCAACAGGACCAGAAUCAACUCUACAAUGAGCUCUCCCUAGGACGCAGAGAAGAAUAUGACGUUUUAGACAAGAGAAGAGGCCGUGACCCGGAGAUGGGAGGAAAACAGAGAAGGAAGAAUCCACAAGAAACUGUGUACAAUGCACUGCAGAAAGACAAGAUGGCAGAUGCAUACAGUGAGAUUGGAAUGAAAGGAGAGAACCAGCGGAGACGAGGCAAGGGAAAUGAUGUCCUGUACCAGGGCCUCAGCCCAGCCACCAAAGACACCUAUGAUGCUCUCCACAUGCAGCCCCUGCCUCCCCGUUAACGGGAGUAUGCUGCCACCGCCCUCCCGCCUACCCGGACAAGGUUUGCAGUUACGAGGACACAGCAGUUACAACUGACCCCUACCAAGAAAAAAAAAAUCACUCUUGUUUCCCAGCAACCAGAACGGCUUCUCCUUACCUGUGGGGUGAAUUUCAAGUUAAAAUUUGGCCAUAUCCAUUGCCUUGCUUCAGUGAGCUUGCCUUUGAAUCUUUCAGGGGAUUUCCUGUCUUGGGGAUCAUGAUUUUUUAGUAACCAUAGUAAUAGAAUACAUUUCUGAGAAAGUUUACCAAGCACUCUUCUCACAAGCAAGGUUCAGGGUUCGGGAUGUAGCCAAUCAAUCAAUCAAUCAAUCAGACAAGAAUUAUUAAGCACCUACUAGCCAAAGCAUCAGCUAGGGAGAGGGCUGGACCAGAAGGGCUCUGGAAGAUUUGGUCUCAGGUCUUCUCCUGGCUCAGCCCGUGAGUCAGUUUCCCUGCCCCAGGGCUCAGUGUUCACAUCUGUGCAGUGGACGGAUGUCCCCACUCCACAGAGGUGCAGUUAGCUUCUGCUAUGUAAAGCCUUCAGAGAGACUGGAGGUGUUUGCUCUUGUUGAAAGAAUCCAAAGUCUCCACCAUUAGGAUUUACAUCCCCUUGGCUUGACUCUUGCUGUAAAUUUAGCUUCUCUGCUUUGUUGACCCCACUCCCUACCCCCAUUUACAUUUCUGUUGCCUCCCUCUUCCUAUUUUAAAGUGACUUGUCCUUCGUAAGGUCAUCAAGCUGGAGCUUGAAGGGAUCUUAGAAGUCACCUAGUUGGACCCCUUCAUUUUACAGAAUGAAGAAACAGCAGAAUCAAGAUUCAAACUCAAGUCCUGUGUCUCCCAAUACUUCCUGUGAAAGGUCUCUGUUGGGAGUGAGGAGGGGUUUUUGGGGCAGGGGGUCAGGUGAUGUGUCCAUGCCGACAUGUAGGAGGAGGGAAGUGGAGGCUGAGAAUAAAAAUAGGUGGGGAGUUGGGAGAAGAAGGUAUGGUAGCUUAGGCAGAAUCCUACAGGAACAAGAAUGGGGCAUGUGGGAGAAAGAUUAAGAUCAUUAUCGUGAAGGCAUCCAUGGAUAAUCCAACACCUCAUGGACUCAUAAAGAUUAAAUCUGAUGGUGGUACAACUCUGGGGAGUAAAAAAUGGAAGAGGAACCAACUGGAACUAAUGGAAAAGGACACUGCUAUGGAUGAGAAAUCUGACAUUUGGCCUUCUGGUUUUUAUUUAUACUUGUUUGCUGAACCCAUGUGAUUUCCCCCCCCCAA